AACAAUCCUAGGAGCCCAACCUCGCGUGCUCUUCCCCCCUCCAUCCAUUUGUCACUUUCCCUUUAAAUUUUCUAAUUCAACGCUCAAACCAACCCCCCCCCCGCGAACCUUCUUGGAACACGCUUUGCUUCGCAUGUUUGCCUGAUCUCUGCUGCGGCAUCAUGUCCUCGGCCGCCUUGUCCAAUGGCCGUGCCGCCCCUGAACAGGCGGCGCUGGGCCGUUGCGCCGCCCUGUAUGGGGAAGUCCAGAGAAGCCGCCUCCACCACCCCCUCCCGCUCCCGUCCGUCCUCCGAGGAUCCUUCCAUGUCGUCGAUGGCCCUCCGAGUUCCGCCGCUGGAGACCCCGAUGAGAUGGCAAAACUUUUCCCUAAUCUAUUUGGGCAGCCAUCGGCGAGCCUCGUGCCAUCCACUUCAUCAACAGGUGUGACAAAAGAUCAGAAAGCGUUGAAGAUUGGAGUGGUUCUCUCUGGAGGACAGGCUCCGGGCGGACACAAUGUGAUUUCUGGGAUUUUCGAUUACUUGCAGGAGCACGCUAGCGGGAGUACAUUGUAUGGAUUCCGAGGCGGUCCAGCCGGGAUCAUGAAGUGCAAAUACAUCGAGUUGUCGAGUGAAUUUAUUUAUCCUUACAGAAACCAGGGUGGCUUUGACAUGCUGUGUAGUGGUAGAGACAAGAUUGAGACUCCAGAGCAGUUUAAGCAAGCAGAAGAAACGACAAAGAAGCUCGAUUUGGAUGGACUUUUGGUCAUUGGAGGGGACGAUUCCAAUACAAAUGCGUGCCUUCUUGCCGAGAACUUCAGGGCAAAAAACAUGAAAACAAGAGUUCUCGGAUGCCCGAAGACCAUAGAUGGUGAUCUGAAAUGCAAGGAGGUUCCCACAAGUUUUGGGUUUGACACGGCGUGCAAGGUAUAUGCAGAACUCAUAGGGAAUGUGAUGGUAGAUUGUCGCUCUAGCGGGAAAUAUUACCACUUUGUGAGGUUAAUGGGCCGUGCAGCGUCUCACAUUACGUUGGAGUGUGCUUUGCAGACUCAUCCAAACAUCACCAUUAUUGGGGAAGAGAUGGCUGCCAAGAAGCUGACACUGAAGAACGUCACGGAUUAUAUUACCGAUAUAAUCUGCAAACGCUCUGACAUUGGUUACAACUAUGGAGUCAUACUUUUACCAGAAGGCCUGAUAGAUUUUAUUCCAGAAGUUCAACAGCUUAUUUCAGAGCUUAACGAGAUACUAGCUCAUGAUGUCAUCGAUGAAGCAGGGAUAUGGAAAAAGAAACUCCAAAGCCAAUCUAAGGAACUUUUUGAGUUUUUACCCCAGGAAAUUCAGAAACAGUUGCUGCUAGAAAGAGAUCCACAUGGCAACGUUCAGGUUGCUAAAAUAGAAACAGAGAGGAUGCUGAUCGAGAUGGUGGAAACCGAACUAGAGAAAAGGAGAAAGGAGGGUUCCUAUGGUCGGAAAUUCAUCGGGCAGCCCCACUUUUUCGGCUACGAGGGAAGAAGUGGUUUACCAACUGAUUUCGACGCCAACUACUGUUAUGCUCUGGGCCAUGCUGCUGGAGCCCUCCUGCAUUCAGGGAAGACCGGAUUGAUAUGCUCGGUGGCCAACUUGAGCGCUCCAGUCGACGAGUGGACGGUUGGCGGAACAGCAUUGACCUCUCUAAUGGACGUAGAGCGCAGACACGGGAAGUUCAAGCCUGUGAUUAAGAAGGCGAUGGUGGAGCUUGAAGGCGCACCGUUCAAGAAAUUCGCGUCGAUGCGUGAUGGGUGGGCCCUGAAGAAUCAAUUCAUCAGUCCAGGUCCCAUCCAAUUCGUUGGACCGACAGCAAAAGCAGUGAACCACACAUUGAUGCUGGAGCUUGGAGUGGAGAACUAGGAGGAGUCACUGGUUUUUUGGCUAAAAGGGACGGACAUCAGUGGCCAAAUAAUAGCCUCUGUUGAGGAGAGCAAAGUCUACCCCAUUUCCGUACAACUUCAUAGGAGAGCUCUCCAGAUGGAGAAGCCAGAGAUAUUGUUUGAGUGACAUUGAAAACUCCUGUACAUUCCAUUUUCUCCACACGGUUGUGCUUGAUUCUUCGUAUUGUAUGAUGCUUGAUUGAGACCGAUAACUGCCAUGUCCGGCUUACAUCAAUGUUUUUAUAUAAAUUCAUCGUUUAUACUAUUGAACAAAACACUUGAUCGGAA